UUUGCAAAUGCGUGAAAGUGUAUAAUUUGCUUGAAAGUGGAAGUUAUUGUAACGUGUUUUGCUUUAAAGUGAUCUAAAGUAUAUUAAAACAAUGGAUUACAUAUCGUUUUCAAACUAUUCGUACGGUGACAACGACGACUACGCUCAUGAGCCGCACAUAAUGCCCGUGCCUUCGGGAGGACCAUGGAACGUGCAGGGCCUGUCUUGGGGGUCGCACUCGCCGCCCCAGCUAGUGCAGUUUAACGCUCAAGUGCCUCAGCAACCCCGGUUUUCCACAAUAAUGCACUGCAAACGGAAAAGUUUAGAUCCAGAGCCAGCAAUCCCUGCAAAGAUAUACAUAACGGAAGACAAAAUGGCAGAUCACCUCAACGGUCUCCACUUAUCCACAGAUUACACGAGCCACCACUUAGCCAGUAGUAACAGUUCUAUGAAUAUGGACGCGGGAUUCAUGGACAUGGACUCUCCGGCCAGUGUUGAUGUGCGAGAUAAGUUAAAAGGACACACUAUUGUGCUUUCGGAAGAGAUAAAGAAGCUGAAGGAUGAGCCGUUGAUACCUCCAGCGCUUAUUGAAAGGUUAGAAAAGCCCUGCAUGUCUCUAGUAGUCUGGCAGCCCAAGGAAAGAGUAGUAGACAAACUAAAAGGCACCACCUCAGAGAACAGAACAGAAGAAGAAGAGCCAAAAAAACGGAAUGGUGUUCUAGUUCCUGACAUGGGCAUGGACGGAGGUAUGGAUGUAGAGAUGUAAGGUUAAUUCUGGUCUUAGAUGUAAUUUACAGUUAAGGUUUUUGUAAAGAUGUUUGUGAGGAUAGUUGGAUCAAUUUUAUUUUAUUGGAUUAUAAUUUUAUAAUAAAAUUGUAACAAAAAAUAUAAUGAUAUAAAUAAAUAGAGUCACCGACUUUCCUUUCUUAGGGCC